AUGCAUGAAGAAUCAAUUGUGAGUUCUAGACCCGACAGAGAAAUUACGAAAAAACUAAUUUCGCCGGGCGACUUUUCUAUCGUGCCUUAUGAGGAGUCUAGAUGUACAGUUGUGCUAUCCAAUGUGCGAUGCACAAAUUCAAUUGGAGAUUGUGAUAUUGAAUCGGGAAGUCGUAUUUUUGCUAAAAAUUUUGAUGGAAUGGUAAUAAUUGGAGAUUCUGACUCUUUUAUAGACAGAGAUUUUGAGUUAAUCCUUCAACAAAUGUGUUGCGGUGAGACGUGCGUUGGCAAAAUUGUAUACAAGAAUAAUAAAGGUGAAUUUGUUAAAGAGAUUUCCUGUCAGAUAGAACUAAAGGAUGUUACAGAAGAACAACUUGUUAGUGAUUGGAGUUGGGCUCGACUUUACGAAGCAGCUGGUCAUCAUAAGGAAUGUGGAGUAGAAUUAGUUAAAGAGAAAAGAAUAUUAGAUGCAUUUAGAAGAUUUAGUAAAGCCUUUAAAUUGGUAGUAGCGAUUGAACCUGUAGAUCCACAAGUGAUCAGUGAAGAGUCUGUAAAAGAAAUUAUAGAAUUAAAGAUAAAACUUUAUAAUAAUCUGGCACACUGUCAGCUGCAGUUCAAUGAGUAUGAAGCAGCAUUAGAACUCUGCAAUCGGGCAAUAAAACAUGAUCCGGACAAUGUGAAGGCACUAUACAGGCGCUGCCAGUCUUACCAUGGUCUCCAAAUGUAUGAAGAAGCAUGGAAUGAUAUACAACAUGUGCUGAAUUUGGAUCCUAAUGAUAGAGCCGCUCAAAAUAAAGCCAGUGAACUGAGACCGAGAAUAGAGAAAAUUAAUAAAGAGUAUACAAGUGUGAUUAAGAAGAUGUUUGGUUGA